CACGUCACGAUUCGCGGGGAAGUGUUUCUCCCUGUUGCAAAGAGAGCAGCUGAGACACAUCGGAGUUUCUCUUAGUGGACAAAGUAAUUGUUAGAAAUGGAAACGCUUUACGGUCUCCCGUUUGCUGUGCUGGAAUGCCCCAAUAUUAAACUUAAAAAGCCGUCUUGGCUUCACAUGCCUUCUGCUAUGACAGUGUAUGCUGUAGUUAUUGUCUCUUACUUUUUGAUCACUGGAGGCAUCAUCUAUGAUGUGAUUGUGGAACCUCCCAGUGUGGGUUCAAUGACUGAUGAAAACGGCCAUCAGAGACCUGUAGCCUUCUUGGCAUACAGAGUUAAUGGUCAGUAUAUCAUGGAGGGGUUAGCCUCCAGCUUCCUCUUCACCAUGGGUGGUUUGGGCUUCAUCAUCCUGGACCGUUCCAAUGCCCCAAAUAUCCCCAAGCUCAACCGCUUCUUACUGCUCUUCAUUGGAUUUGUCAGCGUGCUGCUGAGCUUCUUCAUGGUCCGGGUGUUCAUGAGAAUGAAACUACCUGGAUACCUAAUGGGUUAAAGUGAGCACACAGAAUCCGCACUGAAGACACUGGAUGGGAGGGUAGUGGAACGGAAGCCCCACAGACGUGUCCUCAAAGUGGUGUCAGAGUACUUUUGUAAUUUAUCCUACCCCAUUGUCAUCUAGCAUCUAGCUCUCAAAUUCAGUUCAUGUUAUAUAUGAAAUGUGUGGAAUCAUUGAAAUUAGAAACUCCUAAUACAUUUUUGUAAAGAGGCAAGCCAAAAUAAAGCUACCACGUGUUUUUUUUUUUUUUUUAUUUUGCACUUAAUUUUUUGUAUCUUGUGCAGUAUUUCAUUGGGCCAAUGUAAUGUUUUUAAAAGGAGAAAUAAAUGAUCUUUCCAAAAAAAA